AUGGAAGAUACAGAACUAAAUUCUUCAGAACUCGGUACACAUGCAUAUUGGCAACAGGCAUACUCAAAAGAAAUAGCCAACUUUGAAGACCAUGGUGACACUGGAGACGUGUGGUUCGGUGAAGAUAGUGCUUGCAGAGUUAUAAACUGGAUAUGUGACUGCGGGAUUGAUAAAAAUACCUCUGUCCUAGACUUAGGCUGCGGUAAUGGCUACACACUUACUGAACUCGCUAAAGAAGGUUACACAGACUUAAUAGGAGUGGAUUACUGCGAAGAAGCUAUAACUUUGGCUGAAAAGGUCUCUAAAAAAGAUUUCCCUUUCAUUAAGUAUAAGGUUUUCGAUAUUAUAAAUGAUAGUGUGAGUGACCUUGGUUGUAGAUUUGGCCUAUUACAUGAUAAAGGAACAUACGAUGCUAUUGGCCUGAACCCAGAUAGACCAAAAGAAAAUAGGUUAAAAUAUAUUGACCAAGUCUAUAAUAUGUUGGAUAGUAAUGGGUUAUUUGUUAUAACAUCAUGUAAUUGGACAGAUGAAGAGUUAAUAAAGCAGUUCUCUGAAAAGCUGAAACUCAAAUGUGUGAUACCCACACCUCAAUUUAAAUUUGGCGGAAAAGUUGGCAGUGUAGUUUCAUCUGUUGUGUUUGUUAAGAAAUAA